GUCGGUUUCGUGCUGCCGUCGCCAUUUAGCGCCGAGACGUCCCCGGGGCGGCCGCGGCGGCUCCUGCUUUCUCCUCUCCGCCGCGGCGCGCCACCCGGAGUCGGCUCACCUGUGGCGGCGGCAGCGGGCGGCCCCCGGUGAGGAGAGGCUGCGAGCCGCGGGCGGGGGGCAGGAGGAGGGUUUCCGGCUCCGUGCGAGGCGGCGGCGGCCGCUGUUGGAGGGAGCGCGGCCCAGCCGCGCGCGGGCGGUGGCUGCCUGCUGGGAGGUGGAGGCCGCAGCCGCCAUGGGCGCCCCUGUGAGGCGGGGUUGAGCCCCCAGGCCCCCUUUCCCUGCCCCCUCGCUGGGGUGAGGGUGCUGGGCCUGUCCGGGCCUCCCCCGCCCGGUGCGAGUGACUGAGCGCGGCAGCUUCCUCCGCGUCCGGCGUGUGGGGCCUGCCCCCCGCUCCCUGCCUCGCCUCCCGGCCUCUUCUCUUCCCCGCAGGCGCUCGCUCCGGGGGCGCACUCGGACCUGCCCCUCUUCCUCUCCGGGGAAUAAUUGCAGCGUGCUCCCCUCACCUUUAAGCAGUCGGGCGAGGCACCGGCUUCUCCCCGGUUGGGGGCCUGCCUUGGGGCGCCUCCCUUCUCGUCUGGGCCCGGUGCUUGGGGUUUUUCCUCCCCUCGCCGCCCCCAUCCCCGCGCUCUGUGUCUGCUCCUGGUGCUCCAUGUCGGCCCCGCUGCCCGGCUACCCGCUGCAGGAUGGAUGCAGACACUGACCGGGGACCCACCCCGCCGGCUCAGCCUCCCCAGCAGCCGCCUCCCAGCUCCGCCGUAAGGAGCCCUUGGGACCCUCCUCUGUUGCAGCUGCAACGGCAGCCGCGGACAGGCGCGCUCCCUGCUCAGUGACUGGCCCCUUCCCUCGCCUCCCCCCCGCCGCCGCCUCGCCCUAGCAGCGCUCCUCCGGGGCAUGAUGUCGGGGGGCGCCGCAGACAGCGGCACCCCGGCCCCUCGCUUCCUGGCUCCCCCGCCGCCGCCACCCAAGAACGGUUCCAGCUCGGACAGCUCCAUCGGGGAGAAGCUGGGAGCCGCCGAUCACGGAGCCUCCGGGGCUGGUGGAACAGGCGGCGGAGCAGGGAGCGGAGGCCGUAGUGAGGAGUACCGGCGUCGCCGCCACACCAUGGACAAGGACAGCCGAGGGGCGGCAGCCACCGAGCACCGCUUCUUCCGCCGUAGCGUGAUCUGCGACUCCAACGCUACGGCCUUGGAGCUGCCCAGUUUGCAGCCCGCAGCGCCCUCGGCCCCUGUCUCAGUAGGCAGCGCCGCUCCGUUGGUCUCUCCUCCGGAGUGUGUCAGCCGGACCUCUUGCAUCCCUGUCAGUGCCACCCAAGCCCCCUCACUGCUGCAGCAGCCGCCACCGCCUGCCCCGCUUCCCCUCGAAGGACAGUCUGCUCAGGAGCCCCCUGCCGCGAAGGAUGCCGCCCUGCUGCUGCCCAAGGAGGAGGAGGACGAAGCAACUGCGCUACCCCCCACCAGUGCCGCUGGCAGUGCGACAGCUGCCAGCCGGGAAUUUGAGGAGCGGAGAACACAGCAGGAAGACAUUGAAGAGCUUGAGACCAAGGCAGUGGGCUUCUCCCCGGAUGGCCGCUUCCUGAAGUUUGACAUCGAGAUUGGAAGAGGCUCUUUCAAAACUGUGUAUAAAGGACUGGAUACGGAUACCACUGUGGAAGUCGCCUGGUGCGAGCUACAGGAUCGGAAGCUGUCCAAGUCAGAGCGACAAAGAUUUAAAGAGGAAGCUGGGAUGCUGAAAGGGCUUCAGCAUCCCAAUAUUGUCAGAUUCUAUGAUUCCUGGGAGUCUACAGUCAAAGGAAAGAAGUGUAUUGUUCUUGUGACGGAACUCAUGACAUCUGGAACAUUGAAAACGUAUUUGAAAAGAUUUAAAGUGAUGAAAAUUAAAGUACUACGAAGCUGGUGCCGUCAAAUACUGAAAGGCUUACAAUUUCUACACACGCGCACUCCUCCCAUUAUUCAUAGAGACUUAAAAUGUGACAACAUCUUUAUUACUGGCCCCACUGGAUCAGUCAAGAUUGGAGACCUCGGUCUGGCAACCCUGAAACGAGCUUCUUUUGCCAAAAGUGUGAUAGGUACCCCAGAGUUCAUGGCCCCCGAGAUGUAUGAGGAGAAAUAUGAUGAAUCCGUUGAUGUAUAUGCUUUUGGGAUGUGUAUGCUAGAGAUGGCCACGUCCGAGUAUCCUUAUUCUGAGUGCCAAAAUGCUGCGCAGAUCUACCGUCGAGUGACCAGUGGCGUCAAGCCAGCCAGCUUCGAUAAAGUAGCAAUCCCUGAAGUGAAGGAGAUUAUUGAGGGAUGCAUUCGGCAAAACAAAGGCGAAAGAUAUGCUAUUAAGGACCUUUUGAAUCAUGCUUUCUUCCAAGAAGAGACUGGAGUACGGGUAGAACUAGCAGAGGAAGAUGAUGGAGAAAAAAUUGCCAUUAAACUCUGGCUGCGAAUUGAAGACAUCAAAAAACUCAAGGGCAAAUAUAAAGAUAAUGAGGCAAUAGAGUUUUCCUUUGACUUGGAGAGAGAUGUCCCAGAGGAUGUAGCACAGGAAAUGGUGGAAUCUGGCUAUGUCUGUGAAGGGGAUCACAAGACAAUGGCGAAAGCUAUCAAGGACAGGGUAUCUUUGAUUAAGCGAAAGCGAGAGCAGCGUCAGUUGGUGCGAGAAGAACAGGAGAAGAAGCUUCAGGAAGAAGGUAGUCAGAAGCAGCAGCUGGAGCAACAGCAACCAUCAAGUGCUUCCCAUGCAGGGUCAAAGCAUACCCUAUCUGUCACUGGUACUACUCCUGUCCCCACUACUUCAGCAUCGGUUUCUACACAAGUGGAGCCUGAAGAGCCAGAAGCUGAUCAACACCAACAACUGCAGUUCCAGCAACCCAGUAUAUCUAUUCUUUCUGAUGGGACAGUUGACAGUGGCCAGGGGUCAUCUGUUUAUACCGAAUCAUGUGUGAGCAGUCAACAGACUGUGUCGUAUGGUUCCCAGCAUGACCAGUCAAUCUCAACAGCUGCAGUCCAGGGUUAUGCAGCUUCAGUUGGCCAAGUGCAGUCGCAACAGCACGGAGGAUAUCAGCCACCUACAGCGACGCAGGUGCAAGGUCAGUCAGCCUCAAGCAGUGCAUCGGUGCCAUCCCAGCCUACCCAACACACUCAGCAGAAUGCACAGCAGCCAGCCUCUUCCCAACAGCCUGGACAAUACCAGCUGCAGCAGCCAUCAGUUUCUGCUGGCGCCACUCCCACACAAACUGUCUCUCAAACUCAAACUUCACAGAUUAUGCCAAUGCCUCAGGCAGCAACUGGGACACAGCUUCCUGUUUCCCAACCAGUGUCGAUCAUCCAAGGCGAGCCUCAAUUACCUGUUGCAGCACCUUCUCUCCCUCAGCCUUCAGUUGCCCCAUCAGUCCCCAUUGGCUCUCAUUUUCUACCCAUGGGACAGCCCUUGCCAACUUCCAUGGUUCCCCAGUUCUCAGUCUCUCAGUUGCCCGUAGCAGCUCCUCAUGUGUCAGUGGCCCAGCCAGGUUUCCAGUCACUGCCCAUCUCAAUGGCAGCUGGCAUGAAUCAGCCAUUGCUCACACUGGCAACAUCUGCUGCGGCAACCGCUGUCCCUGUAGGAUCAACUGUUGUCCCUAGCCAGCUUCCCACACUGAUGCAGCCUGUGGCUCAGUUGCCCAGCCAGGUUCUCCCGCAGCUCCUGCAGCCGGCUGUCCAGUCCGUGGGAUUGCCAGUCAGCAUUGGACAAGCUGCUGAAGCUUCACUUCCUGCUGGAGAUGCUCUUUACCAGGGCUUCCCAUCUCGGCUGCCACCUCAAUACCCAGGCGACUCAAAUGUUGCAUCUUCCUCUGCCGUGGCCUCUGUUAGCAUUCCUUCUGCCGUACUGUCCCCUCCCUUAACCGCAGAUGCAAUGGCUCAGCCGGGCUAUCUUGCUCCUGUCGUGCAGCCGUAUGUGGAGCAGAACGUUUUAGUUCCCAUGGGCAGCCUAGGAGGACAGGUUCAAGUGCCCCAGCCUACAGUGAGUUUAGCACAACAGGCCUCAUCUGCCUCCUCGCAGCAGGCAGUUUUGGAGGGUACUCAGGGAGUCUCACAGACUGCUCCUUCAGAGACUCUUCCAGCAACACAGCCUGCUCAGUCUACCCCUUUGGCUUCCUCUAUGGAUAGUGCACAUUCCGAUGUUGCUUCAGGAUUGAGUGAUGGCAAUGAGAAUGUUCCAGCUUCUAGCGGAAGGCAUGAAGGGAGGACUACUAAACGUCAUAUGCGGAGGUCUGUCCGUAGUCGUUCUCGCCAUGAGAAGACUGCUAGGCCAAAACUAAGAAUCCUAAAUGUUUCAAAUAAAGGUGAUCGGGUAGUGGAAUGCCAGCUAGAGACACACAAUCGGAAAAUGGUUACUUUCAAAUUUGAUUUGGAUGGUGACAACCCUGAGGAAAUAGCGUCAAUUAUGGUGCAGAAUGAGUUUAUUUUAGCAACUGAGAGAGACUCCUUUGUAGAACAGGUACGAGAGAUUAUUGAGAAAGCAGAUGAAAUGCUAAGUGAGGAUGUAAGUGUGGAACCAGAAGGUGAUCAGGGUUUGGAGAGUAUGCGGACAAAAGAUGAUGGCUUCUUUCCAGGGUCGCAGAAAUUAGAGUUCAAACAGCCAGAUCCUACAUCUUCCAUGCCACAAAGAAUAGGGGUUCCUCCUAGCUCCUUUACCCAGGUUGUCCAUUCUGCAGGAAGACGGUUUAUUGUCAGCCCUGUCCCUGAGAGUCGGUUAAAAGAACAGGGCUUUUUCGCAUCUGCUAUUCCUGGAGGAAAAGAAGCUCCGGAUAUGGUUGCUGCAUCUCCACUACAUGGUCCUGGAAUGAAUCUCUCCCACUCGGCAUCAUCACUGAGCUUGCAGCAAGCUUUCUCUGAGAUGGGGCAUGCUCAAAUGACAGAAGGACCUAGUACAGCUCCUCCAGUGUUCAAUCAAACAAUACCACCAUUUCCACCUGCACUUUCUACCAUGGCGGGCAGUGGUGCACCUCCUGCAUCUGUGGCUGCGUCUUCAAUAUCUGUUCCCUCCAGCACAGGUGCUUCUCUUCCAGGAUCUGUUACUUUGCCUUCAGAAAGUGCAGCUGUUGGAGUUGCACCAAGUGCAAGUGUGCCAAGCUCUGUUUCUCCACCUCCAGCCUCACAAUCUGGACAACAAUCGACUGGUGUCACUUCCAGUGUGAGCGCCCCUGCUUCUUUCUCCUUACCUACUACAUCCCAGCCUGCUCAACCAGUAACUGGAGACAUUGCCCCCAGUAUCAGCACACCGUCCUCUUUGGCACUGCCAUCUACCCAGGUUCCUGGUGUCACUGGUCUUGGUGUUAUUGCACCAGCUGUGACAUCUCAGUCUACUCUUCAGAUUGUAAGUAGUAUGGCAGCACCACAGACAUCUGUUGCCCUGUCUCUGGCUCAGAAUAUGGCUUUGCAGCUUCCUCAGCUUAGUAGCAGUGGCUCUGUCUCCAGUCUGGCAGAAACAACAGUUGUGAGUGCUCCGCAAUCACUACCUGAGAGUGGGCAGUCUAUGGAUAAAUCACAGCUCUGCAAUGCAGCUGGCUUAUCUCUUCCAAUCUCCACACCUUUAUCAUCCUCAGUAGCAACAAGCGUAUGUGGUUCAGUCACUCAGCCAGCGAUACAUCCUGUACUUGUCCCAUCAGGAAUUACAUCAACACCUGUCCUACCCCAGAUUCCAGGUGCAACACCCAUGUUGCCCCAGGUUCCCUUACCUGGUGUCUUACCACAACCAGUUACUAACUUGCCUGCAGUCCAGCAAACUUUGAUACACAGCCAGCCUCAACCAGCCCCCUUACCCAAUCAGCCUCAUAUUCACUGUCUGGAGGCUGAUGCUGAUGCUCAGUCUAAAGCUCCUGGUAUUGAUGAUAUAAAGACCCUGGAAGAAAAGCUACGGUCUCUCUUCAGUGAACAUGGUAAUGUGGGAACAGCGCAUCCAUCAGUAUCUCUGGAGACAUCGUUGGUAAUGGAAACUACAGUUAUUCCUGGGAUACCAACCACUGCUGUUGCACCAACUAAACCCCUGACAUCCAUUAGCACUUGUAUACCUCCGAGCAGUUUGCCUCUUGGACCAACUGGCUUGCCAGUGCUGACACCAGUUGCCACUCCCGGGCAAGUGAUCACCCCGGUCAGUUAUAUUUCGGCAUCGAGCAGCAUUGCAACAGCAGUAGUGAAACCAGGGACCUCUCCUUCAAAGCCCCCUCUUAGCAGGGUACCGGUGCUACCAGUAGGUUCUGAACUUCCGGCUGGCACUCCAUCCAGUGAGCCGCUGCCACCUUUUCCAGGACCUUCACUAACUCAGUCCCAACAGCCACUGGAAGAUCUGGAUGCUAAGCUGAGAAGAACCCUUAGUCCAGAGACUGUUCCAGUGACAUCUGCCCCUGCCUGUUCUGUGCCCUCAGUAGCAUCUACAACGGUUACUGGGCUGGUGUCCACAGCAACACAGUCUCUGAAGGAUGCUUCUGCAUCAUGUGGUGGAGAGAGCAGUGGUAUGGCUACCACAGCAGGAGCCGGGGUUCUUAAGAUGGGACGGUUUCAGGUAUCUGUGGCAGUGGAUGAUGUGCUAAAAGAGGGUGACAAACCUGAAACUAAGCCCGUGCAAUUUGAAACCACCUCCACUGAUUCUUCAUCUCUUUCUGGCAGUAGCCCAGAGAGUACACUGGUAAAGCAGGCUGGCACUUGGAAAAGUGAGGCUGUUGCUGACUCUUCCAUGGAUGUGGUAGAUGGCAUUCCUCAGACAGUUCCUGCGCUGCAAUUACCAGUAGAUGUUGGUCAGCCUACUAAGGUCGGGCGCUUUCAGGUAACAACAACGACGGAUCAAGUGGGGCGCUUUUCAGUGUCAAAGACUCAGGAUGAGGUCACCUGUGCAGAGAAGGAGCCAAUGACUCUUCCUCUCUCUGUGGACUUGGAACAAGUGGCUGCUUCAGCUGCAGCUCCGAAGAAAGAGUUGGAGUCAAGGCAGUCCCCACACAUGAAUGGUCCAUCCUCUGAACCGGAGGCUGCCUUCUUGAGCGGAAUGGCGAAGGAUUUGGAUGACGGCUCGGGGAGCCCAGACUCCCUCCAGCUCCUGGGGUCAAAGAUCAGCCUCCCCGUUCAGAGCCUUAGCAACUCAUUCAACUCUUCCUACAUGAGCAGCGACAAUGAGUCGGAUAUUGAAGAUGAAGACUUGAAAUUGGAACUCCGUCGGUUACGUGAGAAGCACCUUAAAGAGAUCCAGGAGCUGCAGAGUCGCCAGAAACAGGAGAUUGAGUCACUAUACAUGAAAUUAGGAAAGGCCCCACCUGCAGUAAUUAUUCCCCCGGCUGCACCCCUCUCAGGAAGGAGGAGACGACCUACUAAAGGAAAAAGCAGCAAGUCCAGUCGUAGCAGCUCCCAGGGAAAUAAGAGCCCUCAGCUAUCAGGCAAUCUGUCAGCUCAAAGUGCACCAUCAGUCUUGCCCCCACAGCAGACUCUUCAUCCUCCUGGUAGUGUGCCAGAGACUGGGCAGAACCAUUUGUUACAGCCCCUCAAACCUUCACCUUCUAGCGAAAAUCUCUACUCUGCCUUUACCAGUGAUGGUGCCCUUUCGGUACCAAGCCUUUCGGCACCAGGCCAAGGCUGUGCGAAGUUUAACUGUGCAUCUGAGAGAGUGACGUUCAAGCCUGGUGGCAGGAGGACCCGAUUUCUGAGUACGCCCUGCUUGGCUCUUUGGAAGAUGGUGAAAAAAGUCUGUCCUUGCAACCAGCUCUGUAGGACCAGCAGCACUAACACAGUCGGGGCUACAGUGAACAGCCAAGCACCCCAGUCGCAGCCCACUGCUAUUGCCUCAAGCCGGAAAGGGACUUUCACAGAUGACCUGCACAAGCUGGUAGAUAACUGGGCCCGAGAUGCCAUGAACCUGUCUGGCAAGAAAGUUGGCAAAGGGCAUAGCAACUCUGAGGGCCCUGGAAUGGCAAGAAAAUUCUCGGCACCAGGUCAGCUCUGUAUCUCUAUGACAUCUUCCCUGGGUGCUACGCCCAUCUCUGCAGCAUCAGCUACCUCUUUAGGUCCCUUCACGAAGGCUAUGUGCCCUCCGCAGCAGUACGGUUAUCCAGCAGCCUCUUUUGCCACUCCGUGGAGUGGGACGGGUGGUCCGGCGCAGCCACCGCUUGGCCAGUUCCAGCCUGUAGGUGCCCCAUCUUUGCAAAGCUUCAACAUCAGCAAUUUGCAAAAAUCGAUCAGCAACCCUCCAGGCUCCAACCUGCGGACCACUUAGCUGUGCUCGGAGACCGCGCUGGCUAGACCUCGGGACAGGACGUGGGGAGGGAGAUGGGGCCCUGUAUCAACUACUAGUGCUGCAAUGAACUGGUAGCUUGCCAGACUGGGAAUGAAUUUCUCUUUUCCAACCAUUGCUGUCGACUCCCUGUAAAGGGAGUUUCCCCACACGCUUUCAAGGGGGAGGAGGAUGAUGAUCAGCAUCCUUAUGAUGGGACAGUGCUUUUGACUGAGGGGUUCCACUCUCGUUUGGAACGAGAGCUGCGAAGAGAAGCCAUGGGGUCAGUUAACGCAGUCUUGCUGUAAAAUGUCUCUCUGGUUUGAGGCUGAAUCCAGACGUGUUGAGGUGGGAGAGCUGAAUCCUAGCAUGAGGCUUUAGCACGCUUCUCAUCUCUCCCUGAAGAACCAAGACCAGGAGAAAAGCUGUCCAAAUCCCCCUCCUCUCCCUCUCCCCCGUCAACCGUAUCUGGCUCCGAAAUGAUGGGGCACACGAAUGGACUUGCAGUGCAGCCCGUGCUUGAUAGGUCAUUACUGCUUUAAGUAAGAUAUUAACAGCUUUGACUGCAGCAUUAGAGCAAUUUAAAUUGUUUAAAAAUUUUUAAAAGUUCCCUGCGGACAUGUACUUACCAUCAGUUUUGAUGUGGAAACACUGUGAUAUAUAAAUGUUGUUGGACAACAGUAGUUUAAAAAUGAGUGGAAUAUAGAGGGUUAAAAAGAAAAAAAAACGGGAAAAAAAGCUAGCUAUAUCCUUAUACUUAUUGGAGACACUUUAACUUUUUCCUUUGUAUUUUCAUUGUAUUAGAUAAAUAAAUGUGAAUGUAAAAUUGUAUAAA